CAACACGGCCCAAAUUUUCGGUAACCCAACCUCAAUCCCAGUGACAUAACCUCCAUAUAUUUGACAUCAUUUCGUCAACUUAGGGCCCCAAAGUUUAGUAAAAAUGGCCAUAAUCAACCUGCUGAGAGCCCUAAAACUCCAACACGUCAAAUCUAGCACCUUGCUAAAGCGCUCCUGGUCCAGCUCCGUCCAGCUGGCCGACCACAAGGACCUAUCCAGGAUACGCAACAUUGGAAUAUCCGCCCAUAUCGACUCCGGGAAAACCACACUGACCGAACGGAUUCUCUUCUACACCGGCAAGAUUGAGGCCAUGCACGAAGUGAAAGGCAAAGACAAUGUGGGGGCCACAAUGGACUCGAUGGAGCUGGAAAGGCAGCGCGGCAUUACGAUACAAUCGGCGGCCACUUACUCGCUGUGGAAGGACCACAACAUCAACAUCAUCGAUACGCCAGGCCAUGUGGACUUCACUGUGGAAGUGGAAAGAGCCCUAAGAGUGCUGGAUGGGGCUAUUUUGGUGUUAUGCGCUGUGGGAGGCGUGCAGAGCCAAUCGCUGACUGUGAACAGACAGAUGAAGCGGUACAAUGUGCCUUGCAUCGCCUUCAUUAAUAAACUGGACAGAAUGGGGGCGAAUCCUUAUAGGGUGUUGUCGCAAAUGAGGGCAAAGCUGAAUCACCAUGCCGCGUUGAUUCAACUGCCCAUAGGGCUGGAAAGCGACUGCGAAGGAUUAGUGGACCUUAUAGCAGAAAGGGCGGUUUACUUCGAAGGCGACUACGGAGAAGAGCUGCGCUACGAUGAAAUCCCCCAGAAAAUGAGGGCAGAAAGCAGCGAAAGGCGUAGCGAACUGAUCGAGCACCUGUCGAACGCCGACGAACUUCUGGGCGAGCUUUAUUUGGAGGAAAAGGAGAUCACUGAAAGCCACAUAAGGGCGGCCAUUCGACGCACCUGCCUUACGAGAACAUUCACGCCAGUAAUGCUGGGCACGGCGUUGAAAAACAAGGGGGUGCAGCCCCUGUUGGACGCAGUGCUGGAGUUUCUCCCCAACCCGGGGGAAGUGACCAACUUCGCCUACAAGCAAACGGGUGCGGAUGAAGAAGGCAAUCAAGAGGACAACAAAGUGGUGCUGAAUCCGGAGCGGAGCGGCCAGAACCCGUUCGUAGCGCUGGCUUUCAAGCUGGAAGCCGGUCGGUUCGGGCAGCUGACCUACAUGCGCUGCUACCAGGGGAUGCUGAAGAAGGGCGACUACAUCUUCAAUGUGCGCACCCAGAGGAGAGUGCGUAUUGCCCGGCUGGUGCGGAUGCACUCCAACCAGAUGGAGGACGUCUCUGAGGUCUACGCGGGCGAUAUUUUCGCCCUAUUUGGCAUCGAUUGCGCUAGCGGUGACACCUUCGUCACCGACCUCAAAGGCAACAUCUCCCUAGAGUCGAUAUUCGUGGCCGAACCAGUGGUUUCAAUGGCAAUCAAGCCGGCCAACAACAAGGACCGCGACAAUUUCUCCAAAGCCAUCGCGCGCUUCACGAAAGAAGACCCGACCUUCCGCUUCGAGUACGACAGCGACAACAAGGAAACGAUUGUCUCGGGAAUGGGGGAGCUCCAUUUGGAGAUUUACGGACAACGAAUGGAGCGCGAGUACGGCUGCCCGGUUAUCUUGGGCAAGCCCAAGGUGGCCUUCCGCGAAACUCUGGUCAACCCUUGCGAGUUCGAGUACUUGCACAAGAAACAAUCGGGAGGACAGGGCCAGUUUGCCAAAGUGAUCGGGAUCCUGGAGCCGCUGCCCGCCCACAAAAACACCACGUUGGAGUUCAUUGACGAAACCGUCGGCACUAACGUGCCCAAACCCUACAUUCCCGGGAUCAGAAAGGGCUUCCUGUCGAUGGCCGAAAAGGGCAACUUGGCCGGCCAGAAGCUCGCCGGCCUGAAGUAUCGGCUAAUCGACGGCGCCCAUCACAGCGUGGACUCGAGCGAACUGGCCUUCUUCCUGGCCUCCCAAGGCGCCAUCAAAGAAACUUUCGAAAAGGGCCAUUGGCAACUGCUGGAGCCGAUCAUGUGCGUCGAAGUGAACGCGCCCGAUGAGUUCCAAGGCACUGUAAUGGCCCAGCUGAACAAACGCCACGGGAUCAUAACAGGAGUGGAUGGAAUCGACGGCUGGUUCACUUUGUACGCGGAAGUGCCCCUAAACGACAUGUUUGGAUAUGCGGGCGAGUUGCGGUCGAGCACCCAAGGCAAAGGCGAGUUCACCAUGGAGUACAGCCGUUACGUCCCAUGUUUGCCGGAAGUUCAAGAGAAACUGGUUAUGGAAUAUCAAAGAGCCACCGGCCAGAUAACGGAGAAGGAUGUGAAGAAGAGCCGGAACUAAGGAGGAGGCUUGCGGGCAAGGCAGGCAAAUAACGUGUAAAUAUAGAAUAGUUUUUGUACAUA